AUGAUCACCAGGAGCCCCACGCUGGGCCUGCUGGCCCUCGGCCUGCUCUAUGCCCACUGGCCCCCUGCUCAGCCUCUGUCCUGUGAGACGUGUAAGAACUCGGGACCAUCGUGCAGCGGCCGCCUGAAGCUCUGCGAGGCGGAGAAGGAUGCCUGCGUGACUGUGGUGGGCUUGUCCGUCACAGGGAAGAAAAAGUCAUUGGACACCUCCAAAAGCUGCAUUAAGUUCAAGGACUGCUACUCGGGCCUCAUCUCCACCUCGCUGGGCCCACAGGACCACAUGGUGUCCAACUCGCACUGCUGCCAGGAGGACGGCUGCAACCAGGGCAGCAUCCCCAUUCCGGAGAACAAUAGCACACUGAACGGACUGCGCUGCCCGUCGUGCAUGGCCGCCUUCCAGGACACCUGCGCGGGGGAGAAGGUGGUCCAGUGCGUGGGCCCCGAGACCCGCUGCAUCUACUUCUCGGGGACGGUGCAGACAGGCUUCUUCACCACCAAAUUCGCCACCCGGGGAUGCGCCUCGAAGAGCGCGUGCCACGCGCAGGUGGGCGCCCAGGUGCCCUCCGUCACCUACACGUACGAGCUCCGGAGGGCCGACUGCGUCCCAGCCCAGGAGCCCCAGCGCAGGGUCAGGGAAAGAUCGCGCAGCCCAGCCUCGUGAGCCUUCCGGCGGCCCCGCGGCCG